AUGGCGGUGGGAUCGCGGGGUCGGCCUCGUCCCGCGAGCAAUGGUCGGCUGUCAGGCGCCGUGCUCGUGCUCAUGAGCUGCCUCGCCACGCUCUACACCGGCGGAAGGCUAUGGCGAGACGUGCAGGUGCAGAAGAAGCUGCUGCAGGAGGCAAAAGGCAUGGCAGCUGGAGGCCAGUCGAAACAAGACAAGAGCGCCAAGCCCCUCUCAGUCGAGGACAGCAUUCUCACACUCAAGCUCAGGGAACUGGAGAAGCGCCACGCCAUGCUCCAGGUCCAGAUGGCGGAGGCCAAGACACGUGGCUUCAUCUCAGCCGUCGGAUCUGCCACCCCAGACACCUCCGGAAGCGGAUCAAUGGACGCAGGGGGACAUGCAGGGGCGGUGGCAGGGGGAGAAGGGGCGGCAGGGGGUGGGGGAGGCGGGGCGAGAGCAGGAGCGAGGGGGAGUGGAGCGGGGGGGAGGGAGCGGUUGCUGGUGGCGGUGCUGGUGAGCACUGCGUUUGGGAACAGGCUGAGACGCGAGGCAAUUCGUAGCACUUGGAUGCCCACUGGCGCGGCUCUGAAGAAGCUUCAGGAUGAGAUGGGCGUGGUGCUGCGCUUUGCAGUGGGCCACAGUUUGAACCGCGGUGACUCUCUAGACCGAGCGAUGCUGGAGGAGAGAGACAAGUACAACGAUAUUGUGGUCAUGGAUGAGUACGAGGAGGUGGAGAAGAGUGGUGGGCGCAAGGUGAAGCACCUGUUUGAGUACGCUGUGAGGCACUGGGACGCGGAUUUCUACUUCAAGGUCAACGACGACGUCUAUCUCAGCACCAUGCAGCUGGUGUCGUUCCUACAGCGACUCAAGGACCGUUCAGGGCUCUAUAUGGGGUGCUUCAAGUCUGGUGUCGUGGUUACAGAGCCCAAUCAGCAGUGGUUUGAGCCAGAGUGGGCACGGUUUGGCGACGGCAAACAGUACUUCCAGCAUGCAGCAGCACCAGUCUAUGGACUCUCGCGUGACCUUGCCCUUUUCCUGGCCUUCAACGGGCCACUGCUGCAUGAGUAUGCGAACGAGGACAUAUCGGUAGGAUCGUGGAUGCUGGGUCUCACUGCCACUCACCACAACGACCACCGCCUCUGCUGUGCCAGCCCCCCCGAAGAGGACUGUGGGCGGAGGAGAGAGGAGAACAAGGGGUGUGUGGCAGUGUCUGACUGGCGCUGUGGUGGGCUGUGCGAGGCUGUGAAGAGGAUGAAUGAGGUGCACCACCACGAGCAUGAUCACCUGUUUAAGCUGCUGCUCGUGGGUGAUUCAGGCGUAGGCAAGAGUUGCUUGCUUUUAAGAUUCACCACCGACACUUUCGACGAUCUUUCGCCAACCAUCGGUGUGGACUUCAAACUCAAAUCAGUGACCGUCAACGGCAAGCGGAUCAAGCUAACAAUAUGGGACACAGCCGGUCAGGAGCGAUUCCGUACGCUCACAAGCUCGUACUACCGUGGAGCGCAGGGGAUUAUCCUGGUGUACGACGUGACGCGGCGAGACACGUUCACGAAUCUGUCGGACGUGUGGCUGAAGGAGAUCGACAUGUACUCCACCGUCUCGGACUGCGUGCUCAUGCUCGUCGGCAACAAGGUCGAUAAGGAGUCGGAGCGGCAAGUGGCGAAGGAGGAGGGCAUAGCGUUCGCACGACAGUACGGCUCGCUCUUUCUCGAGUGCUCCGCCAAGACACGUCUCAACGUGCAACAGUGCUUCUCCGAACUAGUACAGAAGAUCAUAGAGACGCCCUCCCUCGUGGCCCACAACACACACGCCACCAAAGUGCUGCGCAACUUGCAAGCAGAGUCCAACCCUGUCACCGACCCCAGUGGCAGCUGCGCAUGCUGA